CAGAGAGAUUUGGCUGUCAAGGGUUUAACCCCACAAAACUACAAUUCCCAAAGCAAGGGAGCAUUUUACCCAGCGGGUUUGUGAAUGGAGAAUCCUGCAAGAUGGCGACUAAUGCAACUGCUACAAACUUACCAUCUUUUGAUUGUCCAACAUGGGCAGGCAAGCCCCCUCCAGGACUCCAUUUGGACGUGAUGAAAGGUGACAAAAUGGUCGAGAAACUGAUCAUUGACGAGAAGAAGUACUACUUAUUCGGGAGGAACCCGGACAUGUGUGAUUUCACCAUCGACCACCAGUCAUGUUCACGCGUGCAUGCUGCCCUGGUCUACCACAAGCACCUGAAGAGGGUGUUCCUUAUCGAUAACAACAGCACGCAUGGUACCUUCUUGGGACACAUCCGCCUGGAGCCCAAUAAGCCUCAGCAGGUCCCCAUAGACUCCACCAUGUCGUUUGGGGCGUCCACGCGAGCCUACACCAUCCGGGAGAAACCUCAGAGCCAGCAAGGAACCAACUCCGCCACGGGGGACAGCAAGGCCGGAGAGGACGAGGAGGGGUCUAAGGGUCUCUUAGGAUUACCAGAGGAGGAGACCGAGCUAGAGAACCUGACGGAGUUCAACACGGCCCACAACAAGCGCAUUUCCACCCUGACCAUCGAGGAGGGCAACCUAGAUAUCCAGAGACCCAAGAGGAAGAGGCGGAACUCAAGAGUCGCCUUCAACGAGGACGAUGAGGUCAUCAACCCGGAGGACAUUGACCCCUCAGUGGGGCGCUUCAGGAACAUGGUGCAGACUGCUGUCGUCCCUAUAAAGAAACAGAAAAUGGAGAGGCACGGCUCACUUAGUAUGGAUGACGUUGUGACGAGGCGCAUCCACAACUACACCUUCGGCGGCGGCCUUUACGGGGAUCUGCCACCCACUAGCCACGAGGGCCACCCUGCCGGGCCCCCGAGCGGAGCCACUAUUCUGGGCGGUCUCCCUCUGCCCUUCCCCAACCCGGCCCCAGAGGUGAACCUGGCCCCGGACGCCCCCCAGCCACCUGUCACCCUCAACCCUGUCCCCGUCACAGGCCCCUAUCCCUCCGAGGUCCUCAACGAGCCACGCAAGAAAAAGUAUGCCAAAGAGGCAUGGCCAGGCAAGAAGCCCACCCCCUCCCUACUAAUCUAACCCUCUCCCUACACUACGGCUCUUUCUCAAUUCGUCUUUCCUCUAUUCCUUGUGUCCUCUCUCAUGCAUUGGAGAAGAUCCAAGGUGUUUCCUCUUGGAUCUCUUCCAAUGUAUUUUGAGUCUGAGGCGAGAGGACACGAAGAAUCCAGGAAAGCCAAAUUGGGAAAGAGCCUAUGUGGUGGAGGCAGGGCUGACUCUCAGGGUAUGGGCGGAGACAUCAGGGACCAUGACCCGUUGGAGGCGGAUCGAUUUUACUUAUAAAACUGUUUUGGGGAUUUUAUAGUUUUGUCAAUGUUUUCUACGUUACUUCCUCGUUCUCCUAAAGAUUAUCCCAAAGACUUGAGUAGUACAUUCCAUGAAGACAGAAACACCACUCGUUCGGGAGCUGAAUGUUUGAUGCGUUUUACAAAUUAAGUCCUAUAUAUAAAAAAUAAAAGGCAGUUCUUGGCAGACCAAGUCAGUUGGUCAAGUAAGAGUAACUUGUGGCAUAAAUCGGUGUCCCAUGGCCGUGAUAUGAUUAUUAUCUCUAAUUGAUAGUCGGGCAUCGUGCAGGGAAACAAACACGAAGCGGAUGUAACUUAGGAAAACAGCCCUUAUGUUGGAAACAAACAUUAUGUUCUCAUCCAGAUUCACAUAUAUUUAUUUUUCCAAGCUACAGCGCAAGUAUUACAGGAGGUUUUUAAAGGACCUGCUCCGUGUUAUCAUUUUUGCCAUGGAAAAAAAAUGUUGCGAUACUGGUAUCAUCACAGCCUAAUCGUUAUAUAGUUGGUGACUGUGAGUUCCAUAUUACUAUCUCCACUUCCUUCUAUACGGUCUCAGUAUUGGUUUGAAGUUGUGCGUAGUAUUUUUGCUCACUGUAAACAUGAGCAUUCGGAAAGUAUUCAGGCCCCCUUGACUUUCCACAUUUUGAUAUGUUAGUCUUAUUCUAAAAUGGGUGAUUUUUUUCUUCUUAUCAAUCUAAACAAAAAACCCAUGACAAAGCAAAAACGGGUUUUUAGAAAUUUGAGCAGAGUUAAAAAUAAAAGGCUGAAAUCACAUUUACAUAAGUAUUCAGACCCUUUGAAGCACAUCUGGCAGUGAUUACAGCCUCAACUUCUUGGGUAUGACGCUACAAGCUUGGCAGACCUGUAUUUGGGGAGUUUCUCCCAUUCUUUUCGGCAGAUCCUCUCAAGGUCUGUCAGGUUAGAUGGGGAGCUUCGACGCACAGCUAUUUUCAGGUCUCCAGAGACGUUAGAUCGGGUUCAAGUCUGGGCUCUUGUCCCGAAGCCUCUCCUGCGUUGUCUUGGCUGUUUGCUUAGGGUCAUUGUCCUGUUGGAAGGUGAACCUUCGCCCCAGUCAGAGGUCCUGGGUGCUUUGGAGCAGGUUUUCAUCAAGGAUCUCUCUGUACUUUGCUGCGUUCAUCUUUCCCUCAAUCCUGACUAGUCUUCCAGUCCCUGCUGCUGAAUAACAUCCCCACGGUGAAGAAUGCCACAACCAUUCUUCACCGAAGGGAUGGUGCUAGGUUUCUUCCAGACGUGACGCUUGACAUUCAGGCCAAAGAGUUCAAUCUUGGCUUCAUCAGACAAGAGAAUCUUAUUUCUCAUGGUCUGAGAGUCGUGCCUUUUACUGAGGAGUUGCUUCCGCCUGCUGAGAUGGUUUUCCUUCUGGGAGAUUCUCCCAUCUCUAAAGAGGAACUCCCAUUGGGUUCUUGGCCAGCUCUAGGAAAAGUCUUGGCGGUUCCUAACUUCACUGUGUUCUUGGGGACCUUCAGUCCUGCAGACAUUUUUUGGUGUUCCUCAACACAAUCCUGUCCCGGUACUCUACGGACAAUUUCUUCGACCUCAUGGCUUGGUUUUUACUCUGAAAUGCAAUGUCAACUGUGGGACCUUUUUAUAUAGACAGGUGUGUUUGUGCCUUUCCAAGUCAUGUCCAAUCAGUUGAAUUUACCACAGGUGGACUCCAAUCAAGUUGUAGAAACAUCUCAAAGAUGAUCAAUGGAAACAGGAUGCACCUGUGCUCAAUUUAGAGUCUCAUAGCAAAGGGUCUGAAUACUUAUGUAAAUAAGGUCAAACUGUUUUCGCCUUGUCAUUAUGGGGUAUUGUGUGUAGAUUAAGGAAUGUUUUCAAUUGAAUCCUUUCUAGAAUAUUGCUUUAACAUAACACUGGAAAAAGUCGGAGUCUGAAUACUUUCCAAAUGCACUGUACAUUUAUUUUUUAAAUAUCUAUUUGUAAAAUAGAUACAAGAUGGAUUAUUAUAGGAAUUGACAUAAGCAGUUCAGAGUUUCUGAAAAAUGUCAUUUUCUAAAGACGGAAUAGGACUGUAGGUUUAUAUUUUUACACUUCUAUCAAGAUGAGUGCCGUGAGGAGAGAAUGUUAUGUUUAAUCGGUUUACAUUCACAAUCAAUAUCAGUAAUAAAAUAAACGUUAAUAGACUGCACAGAGUGUUUUUAAAUGCUGUCAGCCCGUUAUCAAAAUGAUAUCGGUGUGACCUGUGAGUUGCAACUCUGCCUGAAUGUUAGUCGGUCCUCUAGAUGGCGAUAUGUACAUUGUUAAUUUGCCUGAUCUGAGCCACCGGUCACAUGAAAUAAAAGGUGGUAAGGUUCUAA